CAGCGAAGCAGACUUUUGGAGAAUUCAAUAAAAAAAAAUAAUAAUGAUGAAGUUGUCGAAACUCUUUUGCCUAACAGCCUAACAAAAUUAAAGGUGUCUUAUGCAUUUUCGUACAUACAUCCGUAUGUAAAUGCAAUCAUACACAUGCCUACAAUUCGAGAAACUUCGGCAAAUAUGUUGCUCUCGAUAUCGGCAAUCGAAGCGACGAAGCACUUAAGCGAAACAUCUGGAAAUAUUACCAUUACCGAAAUGAAAAGAAACGAAAUUGAAGAGUGGCUCAAUUGCAACAAUAUUAAAUUCAACGUUAAUGCAACAUUGAGACAACUGCGUAAAUUGGCAAUAGAAAAUGGUGCUACUUGUCAUAUAUCUUGCGACAAUUCUGAAGAAAGUGAUCAUAGCAGCAUUGGAGACAAUAGCGUAACAUUUGCCGAAUGCACAACGGCAGAUCAUAAACGCAAAAUGGAGGAAAAGGCAACGCCGCCAUCAUCGAACGAGGCUGGUCGUGCUAAUCGUUUGAAGGAAAUAGAAACAGAAGAAAUGUUGAUCAAUACAGAAAUUAAACUCUUACAAAAGAAACGUCUAUUCAAUGAGCUACGAGUGAACAAUGGGAAAAACUGCGCGGAGUUCAGCGACAUAACUCACGCGAUUGUUCCGUACCCUGGAGCUGACGCUUACGAUGCAAACAAGUGGAUUGCAGACUUUGAACGAAUAUGUGAUUCCGUAAAUGGGGAUGAGAUUUUUAAAUUUAAGUGUGUGCGACGACUUAUGAAGCCUGACAGUGAAGCCGACUUGUUCUUACGCCUCGAUCGCUCAACAACUUACGCCGCUUUUAAGGGCCAAUUUCUUCGCACUUUUGGUCAAUCAUACUCCGUGGUUGAGAUCGUAAAUUUGCUCAAGACAACAUUAUUUGACCCAAAGAAAAUGACCGUGUUGAGAUACAUCUUUAAAAUGCAGGAAAUCGCUGCUCGGGCUUCAAUGGACGAAGUGCAAACCAUCCAAUUGAUAAUAGAAGGCUUCCGAGAUGACUCAUCUGAUAUUGCCGUCUUGGAUCCAGCCACCACAAUUGACCACCUUAAGCAACUAUCGCGCAGUUAUGGGCAAAUGCGAAACAAGCGGUCGAAUACCUCAAGCAAAACGUCCACAUCAAUCAAAGUGAUUACGUCCUCAGUUAGGAGUGCAAACACGUUGCGAUGUUACAACUGCUCUGGUUUUGGACACGUAUCCAGUUCCUGUACCGAACCGAAGAGGGAAAGGGGCUCAUGUUUUCGUUGUGGAUCUACAAGCCACAUUAUAAAGCAGUGCAACUUGAAGGCGAAUGAAACAACGAAUCCAUUGCUUUGGCGGAUGAGUUCCGUCGCAUCGAGUUAAAGGGUGACGACCAAAAUCCAAAAGAAAUCCCAAUAGUGAAUAAGCGCUAUUAGUUUGAUUCGAUAUGCCGCAUUACCACAAAAACUAGUAGGAAGAAGGCUAACAAACAUACCCUUCAGGGGCUUAGGAAACUUCAGCUUAUGUGCUUACGGAAAAAUAUUAACUAAGAUUACCUUUUAUAAUAAAACAAAGGAAAUACUUCUUUUUGUUGUCCCAGAUUCAUUUAUUCCGUAUCCUGUAUUGUUGGGUAGAAACUUUUUAAAUGAAUUCAAUCUUAAACUUUGUUUACUCAAUGAAAUUGAAAUGCCAAAUAUUGAAGUUAUGGCGAAUAAAAAUAUUUUGAAAAUUUCCGAUAAAAGCUGGCAUUGUGUUUAUAGUCCAUUGAAGACAUUGUAUUGUGAUUUCAUUUGUUGUCCGUCCGAGUCAAGCACUUUCAAAGGAGCUCGUUUAUAAACAAACUA